CUGAGAACUUCAUGAUCAUUCAUGUCAAUAUCAAGACUUUUAAGUACAACAUUCAUAAAUUGUAGACUUUGGAGCUGAUGCUAUUGUGGCAGUGACUUCCAACUACCGAAACACAUUCCAUCAUGUCAACCCAAGUUUUGAUACUGAUGUUGCCCUAGAAGAGUUCAAGUUGUUGAAAAGAGUUCUGUAUGCAAGGCACGGUGCAGAUUUGAAGGCUUUGAAAUGGAAUAAUGUGCAGGACCUACAGGAUUUUCCACACAUGGCCUUGGUAAUAGAGCUGCUGCAUUGUCUUCCACCAACGAGUGUCAGCUGUGAAACAACAUUUUCACAAAUGAAGCUGAUCAAGACAAGCAGACGGAUAAGCAUGUCCAAUGAAACAUUGAACAACCUUCUGCUGGUCAAACUCCAGAGUCCGUGCAUCCCAGAAUUUAAUCCUAAGGAUUCCAUUGAUGACUGGCUUCUCUCAUCUUUGAUGCCAAGGAGGCCACACUACCGAAGAUCUACUGGUAAAAGAGAGAAACAGACUGACCUGGAAAAUGUAACCAAUGCAGCUGGUACAGCCCACAACAACAUUGAUGAGAUUGGUAAUCCUACUCACCUACAGGAUGGGGCCCAGAUUGAGAGAGAAGAUGAUUUAGAGACUGAAGAGAUUGAGGGAAUAAAAGAGGGUGAAACUCAGAUUGAGGGAAAGAAUGAGGAUGAGAUUGAGGGAAAGAAUGAGGGUGAGACAAAGAUUGAGGGUGAUGUUGAGAGAAAGAUUGAGGGCGAGACAGAGAUUGAGGGUGAUGUUGAGAGAAAGAUUGAGGGCGAGACAGAGAUUGAGGGUGAUGUUGAGAGAAAGAUUGAGGGUGAUACAGAGAUUGAGGGUGAUACAGAGAUUGAGAGUGAUGUUGAGAGAAAGAUUGAGGGUGAUACUACAGAGAUUGAGGGUGAUGUUGAGAGACAGAUUGAUGGUGAAUGGUCUAGGGAAGAGGACAGCAUCAUAAGUGAGGAAGAACAACUCAUGAGACUUGAUUUAAUCUUUGGAAAAGAUGCAGAUGAUUUUGACUAUUCUGAAGACUAUCAAGGCGAAGAGGAGAACUUUGAAAAUAUCAUGAUGUUUUCAAGAAGUUGUUAAUAGUUUUGCAACGAUCAUGUGUGUCUUUUGGAUCCUUUGUCAUAAUUAAGAGAUUGUUUAAGAGAUCAAAUAAAAGUUAUGAUGAAAUGAC